AUGGCCUCCACCUACUCGAUCUUGACAGUAUCUAUACAAUUUACGAGUUCCGCUGAAUUGGGUCGACUAAUUCUGAAAAGCCGACUCAAUCCGGACGAGAUGAACAUCGUGGAGUGGGCGUCAUCAGGCUCGGAUCAGAACGUCUUCUGGUUGCAUGGCGUUGCAGGUUCUGGCAAGAGCACAGUUAGCAUGACGGUCGCGGAUCGCUUCCGUGCUAUAUCUUGCCUUGGUGCCCACCUUUUCUUUCAAAGAGGGAAGAGUGAGCCCAGUUCCGUCAUUCGCACGCUCGCUUCAUUUGAUGCCUCGAUUGCCAAACACGUCCUCGCGGCAAUUGAGCAAGAUAAUGACAUCGCUCUGGCUGCAGGGACUACCCAAUUUUUGACACUUGUCAAUGAACCUCUCAUUCAUUGCGGAGAGGCUAUGCGGGGACCAGUUAUUAUCGUUCUCGACGCAUUGGAUGAAUGCGGAACAAGCACCAAUCAACAAAGCUUGCUAGAAGUCUUGCGAGAAGGAUUUCCUGUGCUCCCAAAGAAUUUCCGGUUUCUCAUAACGAGCAGAAAGGAAUUGGACAUUGAUCGAGCACUAUCUUCUCGGCCUGAGUCCGUCUAUGCUGUCGAGCUGGAGCACGACUCGACGAGCUGCAAGGACGACAUUACGGAUGAUUGGCGAUUGAAAAUGGAUCGCCUCGGAGAUGCAGCUGGUGGACUUUUCGUCUGGGCAUCGACAGCCGUUAAGCUGAUAGAUCGUGACUAUCCCUCCCGCCGACUAAAUGACCUUGUGUCACAAUCACAAUCCCUCUCUGGACUCAAUAACUUGUACCGUACUAUCCUUGACACCUCGGGUAUCUCGUUCGAUGACAAAAUAUCCAAGGGCAAUUUUUCUCAAGUCCUUAGCCUCAUUCUUCUCUGCAAAAUCACGUUAUCCGAUGGCGUAAUUGACGGGAUUCUAGGUUAUCCGGAUGAAGAGUCAUCACGUCUUGUUCUUUCGCGUUUACAAUCCGUGCUUGUAUAUAUUCCAGGAGCACCUGUUCGCAUUUGCCAUUCGUCCUUCUGCGACUACUUAUUGGCUCCAGAACGCGAAUGCGAUAAUUGGUAUAUUGAUUUGGAGUCCCAGAAGUUAUUCCUUGUUACGCGAUGCUUCGGCGUGAUGAAAGACGGGCUCCGGUUCAACAUAUGCGGCAUUGACUCAUCGCACCUCUUUAACGAUCAAAUCCCUGACCUUCCAGAUCGCGUUAGGGUGAACAUUCCUCUGCACUUGGAGUAUGCAUGCCUCUUCUGGGCGCAACAUCUACGCGAAGUACAAUUCUCACCUGCGUUGCUGAGCAAACUAUCAGAGUUCCUUAAUAAAUGUUUCCUGUAUUGGCUUGAGGUGAUGAGUCUGUUGGGAAAGAUCGGCAUCGCUGGCCAGGCUCUCCUUCAUGUCAUGAAUUGGAUCUCAAAUGAUCACUGUAUAUUUGCCUUCUAUUUCGCGAUCGACACCUCACAUCUACGUGUCUGUCCUUCUCAACUUGGCGUAAAGGAGCGGUCACCACUCUUGAAGAAGCUUACAGGACACACCGCUGUCGUCACUGCUGUCGCAUUUUCACUCGACGGUACUCGUAUUGCCUCCGGCUCCAGUGAUAUGACAAUUCGAGUUUGGGACGCUGAGAGUGGUCGAAUCAUUUCCGGCCCUUUCGCAGGACAUACAAGCUCAAUCCGGUCUGUUGCUUUUUCGCCCGACGGCACGCUCGUCGUCUCCGGUUCCUCUGAUAGAGCAAUCAGAAUCUGGGAUGUUGAGAGUGGGCGGGUCAUUUCUGGACCUCUUACAGGCCAUACCAGCUGGGUUUAUUCUGUUGCUUUCUCGCCGGAUGGGAAACUUGUCGUCUCUGGAUCAGCCGACAAGACCAUCUUGAUUUGGAACGUCGACGGUGGACAUGCCCGUUCUGGACCCUUCAAAGGGCACUCCGGCAGUGUCCGGUCUGUUGCUUUCUCGCACGACAGCAAACGCAUCGUUUCCGGCUCGGAUGAUAAGACAAUUCGUAUUUGGAAUGCCAAGAGUGGACAGACCAUUUACGGACCUCUCGAAGGUCACGCAGGCCAUGUUAUGUCAGUUGCUUUUUCUCGUGACGCUAGGCGUGUCGUUUCAGGCUCUGUAGACCGAACAAUCCGAGUCUGGAACGCUGAGACUGGGCAAUGCAUUUCCGGACCUCUCAUAGGACAUACAAGUGUAGUGUGUUCUGUUGCCUUCUUGCCGGAUGAUGAACGUGUCAUCUCUGGCUCUGACGAUAGGACAGUUCGAACCUGGUACAUUGAAAGCAGACAAACCGUCUCCAUCCCUUUUGAAGGACAUUCCCUAAACUUUCUGUCCAUUGCGUUCUCUCCUGACGGAACCCGUGUCGUCUCGGGUGCCUGGGAUUGCACAAUCCGAAUCUGGGAUGCCGAGAAUAAUAUGGGACACGGAAAAUGUGUUGCAUCUGGUUCCGAUGAUCGUACAAUUCGAGUCUGGGACACUGAAAGUGGAGAGAUGGUCUCUGGAUCUUUCAAAGGACAUAAAGAUGCAGUUCGGACCGUCUCCUUCUCCCCAGAUGGCACACAUGUUGUGUCCAGCUCUGAGGAUAAAACACUCCGCAUGUGGGAUGUUAAGAGUGGUCAGAUGUCCUCUGGUCCUUUCGAAGGGCAUAAGAGCUCUGUCCGGUCUGUUGCUUUCUCGCCUGAUGGGAGACGUGUUGUCUCUGGCUCCCUCGACAAAACGAUCAUACUUUGGGACGUUGAAAGUGGGAAUGUGAUUUCUGGAACCUGGAGAGGACACACAGAUUCAGUUCUGUCAGUAGCUUUCUCGUCCGACAGCACGCGUGUUGUCUCCGGUUCUGCUGACACAACCAUCUUGGUCUGGAACGUUGCGAGUGGACAAGUCGUAGUCGGGCCUUUUAAAGGACACACAAAAGUGGUUCGUUCAGUGGUAUUCUCUCCUGAUAGAACACGCGUUGCCUCCGGUUCCUCCGACAGGACGGUUCGAGUCUGGGACGCCGAGACUGGACAGGCCAUGUUUGCGCCUCUUGAAGGACAUACGGGUUCAGCUCGGUCUGUCACAUUCUCUCCCGAUGGACGACGCAUCGUCUCUGGUUCCUGGGACCGCACAAUAAAAAUGUGGAAUAUAGAAGAUCCUGUUUUUGACUGGACCUUGGACAAAGACGGAUGGAUACGUGGACGCGAAGGAGAAUUACUCUUGUGGAUCCCUCCAUAUAUUCGUCCGACGCUAUGGCGCACUCAAAAUACCGCUGUGUUCAACUGCGCAUUCUCGACAAAGCUAGACUUUACGAACGCUGCUCUCGGGAAACGAUGGCAAGAGGGCUUCGCCCGACCUGAGUGA